AUGUCGUCGAUACGCGAAAUCACCGACGAAGACCACUUCCAGUCCACCGUCGCCGCACUGCCCUCCUCGACCCUCGCCGUCAUCUAUUUCCAUGCGCCAUGGGCCAAGCCUUGCGAGCAAAUGUCCCUCAUCCUCUCCACACUUGCCAGCACAUAUCCUCCUGACGCUCCCAUCGCCUUCCUCGCCCUCAACGCGGAAGAUAUACCAGAGAUCUCGGAGCAAUAUGACGUCACAUCGGUUCCCUUUGUGGUUCUGCAAAAAGACGGCAGAACAUUGGAGACGGUUUCUGGCGCAGAUGCAGCACGCACACGUGCCGCAGUGGAGAAGUAUGCGGGCGCAGGCACCGGGUCAGCCGAAUCCCGUUCAAGUCUACCGCCUGCCCAGACGGUUACACGGCCGCCUGUUGCAAAUGGUGUGAAUGGCGAGCCGGGAGCAAAAGAUCUUGCGGACUAUGCACCGAGUGCGUCGGAACAAGGGACUGCGCCCUCAUACACGGCGGACGCGGGCGAGCAGGAGACCAACAAAGAGGAACUAUUCGCACGUCUGAAGGAACUGGUCAAGGCGGCGCCGGUCAUGCUCUUCAUGAAGGGAACACCAAGUGCGCCACAGUGUGGCUUUAGCCGGCAGACUGUGGCGGUGCUGAGGGAGAAGAACAUCAGAUAUGGUUUCUUCAAUAUCUUGGCGGACGAUGAGGUUAGGCAGGGAUUGAAAGAGUAUGCGGAUUGGCCGACGUUCCCGCAGUUGUGGGUGGAUGGGGAAUUGGUUGGCGGGCUGGACAUUGUCAAGGAAGAGUUUGAGAACGACCCAGAGUUCCUUUCACAAUACUCUGUCAGCACAUCAAAAGCAGCAGCUUAA